AGAAUUGACACUGAAAACAAUAAUAAAAUGAGAAGUUUGAAACAUGAAGGGAUGGACCAUAGAUGCUAAAUAAUGCAUUUCACAAGAAGCACCACUUACAUGCCCCAAUCCCUUAUACAUACAACUCAUGUCUCUAACCAUUCACUCCUCAUAAAAAAGGCUGCAUAUAUACCUUGAUCAAAAAGGUUCUCUCUUGUGAAAAGAGUAUUGAUGGCUCAACCCAUAUCAGCAUUCAUGAUUCUUCUUACAACAAUCUCUCUAACAUUCUUAGCUUCAGACAGCAGUGCUUCCACCAUUGCUGCUUCUCUUCCUAUCUCACCUUCAUUACCUCCUGACAUCUCUCCUCUUUUCCCCACACCUCAGCUCUCUCCAACUGAAUCAUCUCUCCCCAUAAUUCCCUCAACUCCCAGCCCUCCAAAGCCGGAUGAUGAUGCAAUGGCAGCUCAAGCCCCAGUUUUGGCUGUUGUGCCGUCUGGAAUCUUGCCGGAUUCUUCCUCUCUCGGGCUGCUAACUGGCCGGGGAUGCGCCACCUCACUCGUGCUUUCUGCUUUGCUGCCAUUUGCUCUUCUGCAGCUUUGAUCAGCUUAGUGUUGUUAGCCAUUUACUUUCUUUCUGCAUUGCAUAGAAUGUGAAUGAAUUUGUUGUGUUCAUGUUUAGUAGUAGUAUUAUAUAGUAUACUAUUAUGGAUAUUAUAGAUAUAUUUGAGGUAAGUGUGUUGGAAAAGAGUGGUGUGGAACAUGUAACUAAUUCCGGUAUUGCAAUAAUGGCCUUCACACACUUUUCCAUUC